CCGCUCCGAGGCGAGAUUUUCUUUUCGUACACCCUGAGAUUUCCCGGUGUACGACAAGCGAUGCGAUAAUCGCUUGGUUUGAGUCUGGAAUCCGGGAGGAAACAGAGGUGAUUGGAGAUUUUCAGAAUCCGAUGGUAUUGAGAAAGCGACGGAAAGGCGGGCAACAUUACGGGACGGCUGAGGCAAGAAUGUCGUAUCCAACUCUUCAUGCGCAGAAGCGGAGGUUGUCUGUGAUACGGGGGAUACAUCCUCAUUUGCUUGUACGACCUGGGUGUUGAUUUGAUUCGGUAACGAGACAUGCUGUGCAGAAGCAUCGGCAGUGUCAGAUGGUGGGGUCAGAGGUCUAUUGCUGCUUGCAUCGCCCAGGUCGAACGAAAGCGACACAGCAUCUUGAGCCCAGAUGUCGAGAAAUCGAACUGCUCUUGUCACGAGUUUAAAUCCUUUGAGGAUAAGCUCAUCAAGGUGAUCAAAAACCGGCACCGGUGUUUCGUUUGACUGCAAAACGUCUUGCAGCCUUUUGGCGCUUUUCACCAAUGAGGAGAGGUCGCCUAAUAAACCUUUGCGCAUUCUGCGCAAGCCUACGUGGGCAACGACGAGGUCAGAAUCUCUCGUUAAACAUUGGGUUUUGUCCUGAACAAGCAAGUCAGUGGGUUUGCUCGAAGGAAUGGCGGUUCCAAACAGGCCAGAAGACUUACAAGAAAAAAUCGCACUCCUCCGAUCAUGCCUCUGACGUAGUCCUGCUUAGUGAAGACCAGCAAAUGGCCGUUUUCACCAUCGCGGACCAGAUCCCAGAGAUUUGUCAGGGCAUUCAGCAACGUUCGAAUUGAAGGAUGAUCGUACGCUUCGCAAUAGUUUGUAGGAAGCCAUCCGCGAGCUCCAGAGGCUAACAGCGUCCCAUCGGCCCAGCCGUUGGGGUGGACCGAAUGUACAAGAAUGACAUCGCCUUGACUGAUGGGGACGGUGAUGGAAGAUUCGUCUGUCGAAGAUGAAACGGUGGAGCUCGGGUGGAAGUGGUAAAAAGCACGAAGAUAGUUGUGGAAAACGGGCAGCGAAGGCUCUGCCUUCUCUAUCCGCUCUCUGGACGAACGGGGGGUCAAGGGCGGCGAUAUUUGCGACUGCGACUGCGAUCUCGAUGAUGGCCUCCGGGAAUGUCUUUGCUCUCGGCUUCUCGACCGCUUUGGGGAUUUGUGGAUGUUCAAUGGAGCCACCAAGGCGCUCGCGUGCUUGUCCGAAUCGUUUCCAUCCAGCAAGAAAUCGGACAUGGUCAACGACGGGAGGAAGACAGAUAGGGAUUGGUGAGGGUCAAGUGUCGAGCCAGAUUGGGGGGACGUUAACAGGCAGGAUGAGGUGCAAGUCUGGCAAUCAUUGAA